GGAGAGUGGCUAUGCCUUCACCACCACUGCGGAACGUGAAAUUGCGCGUGACAUCAAGGAGAAACUUUGCUACGUUGCCCUGGACUUUGACACUGAGAUGAAGGCUGCAGCAGCAAGCCACGAAGGUGCCAAGACCUACGAACUGCCGGAUGGCAACAUCAUCUCCCUCCACUCGGAGCGCUUCCGUUGCCCCGAGGUUCUGUUCCAACCGAGUUUGGUGGGAAAGGAAGCGAUGGGCAUUCAUGAUACCACCUUCCAGUCCAUCAUGAAGUGUGAUGUCGACAUUCGCAAGGAGCUCUAUUCCAACGUGGUGCUUUCCGGUGGCUCGACGAUGAUGCCUGGAAUCGGUGAACGGAUGACCAAAGAGCUCAGUGCUCUGGCCCCUUCCACCGUGAGGAUUAAGGUAAUCGCACCACCCGAGAGGAAGUACAGCGUUUGGAUUGGCGGAUCCAUUUUGUCGUCCUUGUCUACCUUCCAGCAGAUGUGGAUCUCGAAGAGUGAGUAUGACGAGCAAGGGCCCACCAUUGUGCACCGAAAGUGCUUUUAAUUCGCUUUUGAUUUUGUGUCCACCUUCCACUGGACGCACUUUGAGGUUUUUCAUGUUGCAGAGGGGCGCGGACCUCGCGGACCUUGGAUUCCUCUCAAGUUCAUGUGGGCCUCUCAGAGUGCGUGACAUUGUACAGCGCCACUUGAAGACAGACAGAUGGCCAGAAGAGGCCAAAGAAGAUGAGGAAGGGGGGGACAAGGUGGGUUAACAUAGAUGGUCA